AGAGGACGUACGGCUUCGGAACUAUCUUAACCACCCCCAGCCGGCCCAUUGGAACUGAUGCCAGGCGUAGACCCAAGGAACGGCAAUGACUAGGUAGUGUCACUACCUACCUCUCAAGAUGUUGCCAGCCCAAGGUUUGCCCCCUCUCCCAGACUUUGACUCUGGCGUCCGGGCUCUCGCGGCGCAGAACAUGCGGAGACGGCCAUACACAGAUGAGCAAGCUGACUUCAUCAUCUAUGGACGGCAUGAGAUGAGAUAUUCGUGGAAGAUGCUGAGCAACGCAUUCAAUCUCACAUUCAGACAGCGGCGGCCUCGAAAGUGUCUCCAGGGUUGCUAUUAUAGGAAGAACUUACACGUGCCCCUGUGGGACUCCAACGGACUCCUUGUAUUUGGCAGCGACGACGCUUUGCAGCCACAGUAUUUCCGCCUGAGAUGCGACCACAAUCCGAAAGGCGAAGAUAUCGGGCUCUGCAGACGCUACCCGGAGAGAGCUUGCACGUAUAGCUGGGUGCUUCCUGGUAUGCGACUGCGGGCGUCUGAAUUGGGUAAGUCUAAUGUUGCUAUAUGGAGCCUUGCUGACGUUUCCAAGCAAUCAGGCGAGAAUCACAGUUGCACCAAAGGCGGAUGCAGAAGGAGAGGAGAGGGCUUCGGGGGUAUUCGUUGCCGACUAGCAGCGACUACGAGUCGCGUUUCCUCUGGCGCAAUGGAAUAGCUUCGACCGUGCAAUGGGCGAAUUAAUUUCGGGAAUAAUACAUAAAAGCAGUAGUUCAUGGUACGAAUCUGAGGUCUAGGAUAACAUUUCCACGUGCCCAUGCAGCGGCGGGCAACCGGCGGGCGAGGUUGGACAUCUAUCUCGCGCAAUGUACGGUCGCGAAGUUAUUAAACCACCUUCACGUCAAAAGAGAAUGCUGUGAAAUAGGC